GCAGCGUAUAUUCGUUCAUCAGUGCUACGCGUAUCCGCAUACGUAUUCCGUCGGUCUUACUGUUCGGUUCCCGUUUUCCAGUGUGCAAUUUGUAUCGUGAAGUGAAACAGCUCAUUAGCUGAGGUGCAUUGUUCUUUGAGCCAGAAGUGCAAUUGAAAAAAACCAAUCAAAAUGUCGGUGAAAGCUAAAUUGAUGAAGGAAAUCGCUGAGCCGAUGACCUCCUCCGGUAACAAGGUCACAAUCGUCGGUAUCGGCCAAGUCGGUAUGGCAUGUGCCUUCAGUAUCUUGACCCAGAGUGUGUCCAGCGAGGUGGCUCUAAUCGAUGUGAACGCCGAUAAACUGAAGGGAGAAAUGUUGGAUUUGCAACACGGUUCUGCAUUCAUGAAGAAUGCCCAAAUCAAUGCCAGCACAGAUUUCGCCGUUUCGGCCGGUUCCCGCUUGAUCGUCAUCACUGCCGGUGUGCGUCAGAAGGAAGGCGAAAGCCGUCUGAAUCUGGUCCAGCGCAAUUGCGACAUCCUGAAGGGUAUCAUUCCCAAACUGGUUGAACUGAGCCCGGAAACUCUUCUGCUGGUCGUUUCCAACCCGGUCGAUAUUCUGACCUACGUCGCAUGGAAGCUCUCCGGUUUGCCGAAGAACCGUGUCAUCGGUUCCGGAACCAAUCUGGAUUCGUCCCGGUUCCGUUUCCUAAUGUCUCAGCGAUUGGGACUGGCCCCAACCUCGUGCCACGGUUGGAUCAUCGGUGAACACGGCGACAGCUCGGUGCCAGUGUGGUCCGGAGUCAACGUUGCCGGUGUGCGCCUCUCGGAACUUAACCCAGCCAUUGGAACUGCCGAUGACGACGAAAAGUGGGGUGAUCUGCAUCACGAAGUCGUCAACAGUGCGUAUGAAGUUAUCCGACUGAAGGGAUACACUUCCUGGGCCAUCGGCCUGAGCGUUGCUUCGCUGGCUUCAGCGCUGCUUAGAAAUACAUACAAUGUUCAUGCCGUUUCAACUUUGGUCAGCGGUGAACAAGGAAUCGAAGAGGAGGUGUAUCUCUCACUGCCAUGCGUUCUCGGCAGGAAUGGUGUUUCCCAUGUAGUGAAGCAAAUUCUAACUGAUGCUGAAACCCAGAAGUUGAAGGAGUCGGCUCGCAUUAUGGCUGAGGUUCAGGCUGGAAUUAAGUUCUAAUUUAAACCACCUAGCAUUUAAAACUAUUUAUAGCUACUAUUUAACCAAUUAGGAAUCAAUGUGAAGGAUAGACGCAUUUUUCUCAAUCUCACUAAUUAGAUAUGUUAAGCAUGCACGCCAAAGUCUUUGAUGUUAUCUGCCUCCUCACAAAGUAAAAAAAAUCGAACAACCACUUAUGUAAACUAUGAUAGAAAGUAUUACAGAGGAAAUCAACUCAAUCGAUAAGAAGGAAAAUAAGUUUUCGUUCAGUUUAUGACAAAAAAAAAUCUCUGUUAUGUAAAUAGAGAAGUGAACUUUAAGAAAACACAAAACACACCCUACCUCGAAGAGCAUUUAUUAUCAAAUCAAAGGAUUGGAUGAAAUGUUUCUAAAUCAAAGAAAACGUUAUUCUUUUCGGAUAUAGAAAACGUAGUUAAAAUUGCUCGCAAAUUCAAGUAUUACUUCGGUAUCGAUGCAGAACUAUUGUAUUAUGACUCCCUAAAUACGUUCUUUUGAGGCGUCAAGUUGUACGAUUUUAAAGAGGUAGAGAUUUGCAAAAAAAAACUGAUCUCUAACCAUAACAAAGAUUACCAGAUGAUGAAAUGAAAUCUACUUGAUGUGCUACAAGAUUGAGAAAGUAAAAUAAAGUAACAUCUAAAACUUA